AUGUUUCUUGAUUUGGAUGGUAAUGAAGGGUUACAAUCUGCGGUAGAGUUAAGGGUGACAAAAUAUCAUGCGAUGGACUUACAGUGCUCAAUACAACAAGAUCCUGCAUUUCAAGGAUCAGCCAAAUUGCACUACUACUACACUAGAAAAGACCUGGAACAGAUCAGAAACAAUUAUGCUGCAACAGAUCCACAGAUAGAUGACAGCCCUGCAUAUCACCAAUGCAGAAUCUGCUCCAAUAAUCUCUUGUAA